GCCGUCCGUGGCCGGGAAGCCGGGUGUCCAGGAGCCCUCCCGAGGCCCGCGAUGUCGAAGGAAGCCGGGCAGAGCGAAGGGCCCUCGCAGGCCGGUGCGGUGACUGUCAGCGACAUCCAGGAGCUCAUGCGGCGGAAGGAGGAGAUCGAGGCGCAGAUCAAGGCCAACUAUGACGUGCUGGAGAGCCAAAAGGGCGUUGGGAUGAGCGAGCCCCUGGUGGACUGCGAGGGCUACCCGCGCGCAGACGUGGACCUGUACCAAGUCCGCACCGCGAGGCACAACGUGGUCUGCUUGCAGAAUGAUCACAAGGCGGUGAUGAAGCAGGUGGAGGAGGCCCUGCACCAGCUGCACGCUCGCGACAAGGAGAAGCAGGCCCGGGACAUGGCCGAGGCCCACGAGGAGGCCAGGAGCCGCAGACUGGCCCACAGUGAGACCCACAGCCCUCUGCAGGCCUUCGCCAAAGUGAACAGCGUCAGCCCCAGCUCCCCAGCCAGCAUCGCGGGUCUGCAGGUGGACGAUGAGAUCGUGGAGUUCGGCUCGGUGAACACCCAGAACUUCCAGUCCCUGCACGGCCUUGGCAGUGUGGUGCAGCACAGCGAGGGGAAGCCCCUGAACGUGACCGUGAUGCGUAGAGGGGAGAGACACCAGCUUAGACUCGUUCCAACACGCUGGGCGGGGAAAGGCCUGCUGGGCUGCAACAUUAUCCCUCUGCAGAGAUGAUCGUUCCUGGGGAAGAGCCACAGGACGGCGUCUUCCCUGGCCUGGACUCAGAUCUAGUGGGGUUUGCUUGUUUUUCCUUAAUCCCUGAAGCACACGGAUCUGGAAGAGGCCGGAAACCUGGACUCGCAGCUGGUGGCGUCACCGUGGGCUCCUGCGUAACCCCCAGGCGAGGGCAUUGCUGAGAGCCCGACAUGAGCUUGGCGUCUUUGUGAGCUGCGCCGUGGCCCUGCGUGGAGACUCUCAGACUGUGGGAGUUAUCCUGACGGGCGCUGACGGGACUUUAUUCUUCCAGGAAAUAUUUUUCCCCAAAUAAACACAUUUUUACAUUGCCGACAUGGCCGUGUUGUCACCCCAGCUGAAUUUCUUAUGAGCCUCUCACACCAAAGCUUAGACACAGGCCGGAACAUCCUCACAGAGGACUGGGCAGAGCCAGAUUGCGUGAAGUCAAAACCUGGUCAGCAGCAUUCUUGGCGCCGAGGCAUUGCUGCUGUGGGCAGGAACUUGCCCAGUACUG